CGUUCAUCAUCAGUCAGCCAGUACCUGACUUCAGCCGCGGUCAGGCCAAGUUCCUCGAGUGACCGUUUUUCCCGUCAGUGAUUAGCUGAGUUUUGACCACGCAAGGUGGUGGUGUUUAUUUAGAGUUCUUUUUCAUUUCUUGUGCUCUCCCUAUAGCAGUAAUACGGUGGAAGUGUGUGUUGGAAUUUGAACCGUGUCAAAAGUGGGUACAUUAUUCCCGAAGAGUCGCAAAAUAUUUUAUUUUGGAUUUGGAUCCUGUACUAUAUUUUUACAGGCAAUUCGGCGAUAAAAGUGAACAGGUUUGGAGUUAAUUUUGAUCGGUAUUGCUGAGAUGUUUUCUGUUGCAUUCCAGUUGGAAAAACUUUGCGCAAAUUUAAUUAAGAAGUAGGACUCGUGAUCAAUAGCAUGAAAAUAUUUCGAGCUGGAAGAAACCCUUCGCUCGAGUACAGUUUCAUGUAGUGCAUUUGGAGAUUGUGUCCAAUCGAAACGGGAGUGAAGGAAUUUCGCUUGAACGGUUACAUAAAGGAACGCACUUUUACUCUUUGAAGGCAUUCCCCGGCACAUCAGUUCUGCAGUGGCAAAAACCAACCCUGCAAGCAAGAAGCAGUAAUUUCUGUCGUCGUGGUUGCGGAAUUUUCCUGAAUGUGUGCGCAAGCAAGAGCCUGAUAUUGUUGGGUCAUCAUCAACGAAUAAAACUCGUCUUUGAAGCAAAGGGAGAACAAAAAUAAUUAAAACGUCAUCCAUUUUGACGUUUAGCCUGAAGGGAAUCAACAGUACGGAUUACUAAUGCGGUUCGCGAAAAAAUACUAUUUGAAUCGAAGUUUUUAGUGAGACAAGUGAGUGAGAGAAGCGCGAAUUAAAAGUUUAUAAUUAUUACGUUUUACGUCUCCGGAAAGUGUAAUAGUUGGUGAUUUUUUUGUGUUAAAACGAGCCUAACAGCAACCAAGAAGCGAUAAAGGCAAAUGUUUGCAAUUUGAAAUAUUUCUUACAAAACAAUUCUCUAGUAAUCUUCUGAGUGAAAAGGAUUAUUUAUAGUUGACGCACACAUUUUGCGGAGAAAAAGAUUAAUAGACUAACAACGAAAGUUUGUGUCUCCGAAGAGCACGGUUAUGUAGAUCAUAAUGGAUGUUAGUGACGACUAGAGAUACUUUUCCGUUUACGCGCGGCCACACCAGUAACAGAGUUUCAACAGGUGGGACUCAAGAACCCAUCAGUGUUCGAAUAUCGGAUACGACCAGUCUAGCUAGCGUUGGAGAGUAGUAAGCCCCGCCAUAAGCGGAUUGAGGGCAGCCAUUUUGCCACCAUUUACAAUAAUUUAUCACAAUUCACCACGACGCAAUGUCACAUCACAGCGAUGAUCAGCUGCUGCAGGCUGGUAGCGAUUCGUUCUGGGAACCAGGCAAUUACAAACGAACCACCAAGCGGAUAGAGGAUGGCUACAGAUUGUGCGCAGACCUACAAACGCUGAUACAAGAGCGAGCUGAAAUCGAAAAAGGAUAUGCUAAAAGUCUGAAAACCUGGUCGAAAAAAUGGGCUGAGUUGAUUGAAAAAGGACCCGAGUAUGGCACAACUGAGGCAGCAUGGAAAGGUAUCCUAACGGAGGCAGACCGACUUUCGGACGUGCACCUGAAAGUCAAGGAAAAUCUCUGUACUGACGUGAUGCAUCAGAUUAAAGCGUGGCAAAAGGAUAAUUAUCAUAAGACAAUGAUACAAAUCAAGGAAAGGAAGGAGAUGGAAGACCAAUUCAAAAAGGCACAGAAACCUUGGGCAAAACAUUUGGCAAAGGUGGAAAAAUGUAAAGCCGACUACCACGCCGCCUGUAAAACGGAACGAUCUGCCACGAAUCAGGAAAAGAAUGCUACGAGCGAUUCUUCACUUUCCAACGAUCAGCCGUUACAGUUGAAGAAGAUGCAAGACCGCACCAUGCGUACCAAGGAGGAAGUAAGCAAAUGUCGAGAGCGAUACGAGAGCGCUCUGCAGGAGAUCAACAAAUACAACCCUAUAUACAUUGAGGAUAUGACCUCGGUGUUUAGUAAGUGCCAAGAAAUGGAAGAGACUAGGUUACGCUUCUUCAAGAACGUGCUCUUCUCGAUACAUAAGUGUUUGAACUUCUCCGAAGAUCCCAGCCUGCCGCAGAUCUAUAAGGAAUUCCAUCAUACCAUCAACAAUGCAGACCACCAGAAGGAUCUGAAAUGGUGGUCCAAUAAUCAUGGUGUCAAUAUGGGUAUGAGUUGGCCCACGUUUGUGGAGUACACCGAAGAAUUCCGCGACAUAGCAAAGGGGAUCAAAUCGAAAGAAGCUUUACCCGCUGCGCCGAUCACGCUCAUACAUCAGCGACCCGUUGCCGAAGAUUUGCAUGAGUACCCGCCUCCAUCUAGCAACAACAACAAGAACAGCAUGAACCGUACCUCGGCAUCCCUCAGUAUUAGCAAUGCGAACAACAGUAACUCGCAACGGGCCACAACCCCAAGUCAGGAAUCACCCAAGUCGGAGAAUGCAUCGAUCAAGAACAGUGAUGCAGUGACAACACCGACGCGGAUUUCCCCCGGACGAGGUGCCACUGGAGCUGCAGUUGUGACUAAUGGUACCAACGGUAACGGUAAGGCUGGUGAUGCACACAACCCGUUUGACGAAGAGGAAGAAUGGGAUGAAGGAGAUGGCAACGAUAAUAUACUGGUGGACAACGGUGAGCCUGGCGUCCCGGUGAAGGCACUGUACGAUUAUGAGGGUGCGGAAAGUGACGAGCUUACGUUUAAAAUGGGUGACAUCUUCGACAAACUGGAAGACGAGGACGAGCAAGGUUGGUGCAAAGGUCGAAAAGACGGACGUGUUGGGCUGUAUCCGGCUAACUAUGUUGAACUGGUACCAGCGUAAAAGGUUCUAUUCCGAUAGCGUAUAUGUUUGACCCUAGUUCAACGGAAGGGAUGGUUGCAGAGAAUUGUAAGAUAUGAGGAGAUCGGUCGCAAACGCAAGCAGCAAACGCAAGAGAUUUGGUUCGUUGUUUAUAUUUUUUUAAAUUUCACGUUUACCAUUAAUUAUCACCUAUCGAACUAUUACACGAAACCAGUCACAGCAGAUCGUUGAGUCAUGAUGUUAUCUUUUCUUUUUGAGAGAGAAAUAAAUUUAGAACAUUUUUUGUUUUUAGUUCCAAAGUACUCGAUUUGUAGGCUGAAAAUUCUACAUUAAGGGUAGCUGCUGAAGUUGAGCCCAGCACAAGCGUUUGUCCGGACAGGUUGCAAUCAGUCUUCUACGCGAGAUACGAGUUUUUUGAAUGUUAGCGAAACAGUGUAAUGUUUUUAUUCGUAGUUACUUCCCGAUAUGGUUUGUUUUUUAGCCCUAUCCGUUUGUUUUCGUAAUAUGUUACAAAUACGAGUGUUCCCAAGGAAAAAAUUCUAUAUUAGGCUUUGGGGUUCUAUUGAAAACAUUUUGUUAUUUAUCUCUCCGGAAGUCGCGUCGACACUUAGAAGGUUUGAAGCUCUAACACGCUACGCUACUUCCGAAGAAGUAAGGAAAUUGAGCUGUUAAUCCAGUGGCGUGAAGUAUAGAAUUCUACAGCUUACUUUAUAAAGCCUAAAAAGCCAUAACUCAGGCUAUUCUAAUCUAGAAUAGUUUCAAUGAACAAUAUACUCUUAAUAGCGUCACUGGCGGUCGUAGAGUUUGUUAUCUUCCACGAGAAAAAGAAAAUAGAUGUGUAAUGAAUCAUUGAAAUUAUUCGUAGUUUAAAAUACGCUGUUCGAAUAUUUGACGCAGAAACAGUUUUGAACGUUUGUCGAAUGUCAUACGAUUAUUCCUGAGAUAGAUCGACAUUUGUUGAUGUAUGUAUUGUACGAACUACUAGCUCUAUGGGAUUCUUGGAUCAUUUACUAAGACGUAGAGUAUUCUAAGGCAGUUCGAACCGAUAUUAAGCUCAUAUACAUAUACAUACCUUAGCUAGAUACUGACUGAACCUUUUGUGCGAAUGAGGGAUGGUGGUCCUAACACAAGAGCGUUGGAUACACAUAGUCAAGUUUGUUAAACUAUAGUAAAAAGAAUUUAAUGAUAAAAAAUGAUAGAAUCAAAAACAAAAUGUUUAAGCUAAGCUGCAUUUAUUCAUAGGACAGAUUCAGAUUUGCGUAUAAAGCGAAAUUAUUUCUUUUUUUUAUUUACUAUGGAUUAUACUUGAAAAUCCCAACAUUACCGAAAAAGUAGGAAAACAUUCAAAGGUUUCUUACCUAAAAUGCAUUUCUAGAGCUUGGCAAAUUCAGAAAUCCGCUAUCCAGUAUUUAAACUUAUUUUCGUUAUUGCAUGUAUUGAAACCUUUGUUAGACUUCUGUUUAAACCUCUAUAUACACCCGAAUACAAAUAAAACUCAAUAGUCGAUUUCUAACAAAAUUUAAACAAAGCCACAAAUUGAAAAAUGCCAAAAAUAUGGGACUAAUUUGUUACAAAGCUAAACAAAGUAUCUUUACAAGCAACAGAAACCACCAUCGAAAUGAUGUUGUAUAUUAGAUACACCGGAAGGAAGUGUAUAGAUGUAUCGUAGAGUCAGCACAUACAUUUCUAGAGUUAUACCGUACAAGGUAUCAUCGAAGAUUAUACAAAAAAACUAGCAGAGUUUCAAUAUUUUUCGACCGACACACUGGAUGGAAAAUAAGUGAUUUACAUAGUCGAUUUUGGUUUCGUUUCUUCGACAAGCAAUGGACAAAAGUGGUAGGAAACAAGUACAGCUAGUUUAUUACAAUGUUGUGAAAGCUGACAUCAAAGCAAGCGGCAGCAACGCGAUCGAUAUCGUAAUUGCAGGGGCAUUGUUGGAACAUUUGUCUGGCUCACUGAAAAUUUAAUCAAAACAUAUUGUUACUAGUGGAAGUGGAGCACGUUUGCAAAUGUGUUGAGAAUACGAAAAAAAAGUUGUGGAAAUCUUUCGCUAGAAUGAUGAAAAGUUGUGUACCAUACUAAGUUUUGAAGAUAUAUGCUAAGGAAAGAAGAAAAAACGAUAAGUUUAAGUAGAUGAUAGAAGAUUUAAGUUAUUUAUAUAUAAUUAGUAAAGUUAA